AUGUCUUCCCGCCUCGAAAGUAAGGAAGUGCAAAUUUGGGAAUCUCCCCCCAAGAGCCAGACGAGGAUGAAGCUCAGCCAGGAUUCAAAUCCAAAUUCCCGGAUGUGGAGCUAUGGAGUUGUUGAAACGAGAUAUUCGUUCAUUUCUACCGUCACACCUAUCGAAACUACCGGAGAGAGAUUUGCACCUAGCCUUCAGAUUCUGAAGGACCAGCUUGAUGCCGAGACGAAGAAGUAUCCACCUUCACAAGAUGCUGCACCGGCUUGUGCAGGUUCGAAACGUAGGCUUGAACCUACACACGAGCAAGAUUAUGUAUCCUCAGACGGGUCCGGCAAUUGCGCCAAGAUGAAAUCGUCUAUGUCGAAGCCGCCGGCAUUCAAAGCAUCCACUAUUCGAACGAGUACACAGCGCAGAGUGCGAUUCUUGCCCGACGCGAGGGCCGAUGAGCAGGCGGUCGAGGGUUCAGCGUCCCAGGAGGAAGUAGAAGAGCACACGUUUCCGGUUUUGAAAAAAGGCAGGUUGAGUUUUGGCGGCAGUGACGUCAUCCAGGGCCUCUUGGCAAGACGAGAAUCAGCACCUGGCCCCGCGUCCAUUUGUGGCGAACGGGAGCUCAGUCAGAUUGCUCGGCCACGAGCACUGAUCGUCACCCCAAAAGUGCCCGAGGAAGUGGCCCCUGGCAAAGGAGUGAGGACGACGGAGCUGAAAUUCGACCCUCAAGUACGCAUGUCUGACGAAACGAGGCAGAAUGGUUCACUCAUGACACCGAACUCUGGGACCACAUCCUCUGUUAACGAUUGCGAGGCACAGACGAAGGAAAGCAGGUACGGUACAUUGCCGGUGACUUUGAAGCGGCCUGAGCUCGUAUCAAGCGUCGAGACGCUAAACAAGAAAGCUAAAAGAAAUGCUGACCAGUCAAUUGCGGCCUUGUGGCCAACAGCAGGCCCUGGUUGUGCAGGACCCGUUCGCUUCCCAGACGAGUCGGAGGGGACGCUUCCGUCUCCAGUUGUACCAUAUUGUGAGUCUCGCACGAGACGUCAAGUGCCUGCAGUUUUCGAGGAUAGUUUGGUGCAAGAUUCGCAGGACGACUCUGAGUCCGAAGGCUUUCCCGUAGCUCAAAAUUCUUCUAUCAAAGGUUGCCCCAAGCUUGGCGACAUUAGUCCGCAGUCGUUCGUCAGAAGCUCUCUUCCAGUUCGACCGCCCUGCGAUCAAAAUGUGGAGAACAGGGUCGAAUCUGUUGGCAAUGCGGAGAGAACUCACUUCGACGAAAGACCACAGAGGGAAGCAGUGGACAGAGGAUGCGCCACUGACGGAGUGUUUCGACGACCGGAAGGUGCGAAAUUUAGCCGCUCUUCGUGUACAGGAAGUCGGGCGGAGUCCUUGGACGGACUUGGGGCACAAGUUACUGUCAAUGAUUUUUAUCCCGGACAGGAGAAACGAGGUGAAUGUAGGGGCCCGAUGCCCCCGAAUGGCGAGGGCGCUGCUUGUGAUUCAUCAUCUAUCCGAGGAUAUGACGCUAUGCCCAUAAAUAAUGAGGAGUUGUGGCGUCUUGGGCCUCCGGAAUUCGUUUCGUCCAGACCAGCCCAUGGAUGUGGGAAGGUCCAAGAGCUUGAGCUAUUUUCGAAUGCUUUCCGGACGGGCAAGGGAAAUCCUGUUCAAAUUUCUGCAUCAGCGAUUAGCAGAGUCGCAUCAUUAUUUGAAGAUGUGUCUCCAGGUCGUGAAUCCCGGGCGAAUGUCUUCACGCCUCCAAAAUGUGCCGCAAGAAAUAAAACUGUUUCCUCUUCUCCAGCUCUCGCUGAUGCCCAUUCUCUUCAAUCUGUGAGGAAAAAUCUGUAUCACAGCUCCCUGUCAGUGCAAGAUGUCGAUUGUCCAGAAAUCUCCCUCGUACAUCAAGCUCGAAAAGCUGGCACGCAGGGCAAAACGGCAUCACUUUUUCAAACUGCAAGGGGAUUACCUGUCCAUGUCUCUGCUGAGAGUAUACAGAGAGUGCAACCAAUUUUUUCAACACCUGAAACUUUACCAUCGAAGGAAGAUGUGAUGAUCCUUAAACCCUCUGUAGAAGACGAGGGAUUAGCUCACAAUUCACGUUCUGGAGCUCUUUCUUCUCGUGCAGUCAAAGGAAGAGCAAAUCCUUCCAUCAUAGGAGGGGUGAACGACGGGGCCAUAGGGCGACGAGAUUCCUCUGGGACUGGAAGUGCUGGCGCGUCGAGGUCAAAUUUAUUCCGGACAGCGAGAGAUACACCUGUAACAAUCUCAUCUGCAGCGCUGCAAAAGAUUUUAAACAUUUUUGAAGACGAAGAUCUUACCCCACCACCGAGCAGGGAAGGGGUCGGUGCCAUACCAAGAGAUCUUGAGGAGAAGAGUGCUACCUCUAUUCCUUCUACCUUGCCUGCAGCAGGAUUCCUCGUACCCGUGAAGAAUCAGGACACAAGUCGGGAGCUUCUCUCAGGAUGUCGUCAUGAUGCUAAUUCACUCCCUCGAGUUAUCCCGCCCGAAGUAACAACACUUCACGGAACAACUCCAAUGCGCGGGUUUAGGACGGGGUUUUCCACAGAUCAUCCUGAAUUUACGGAAAAUGCCGAGCCGAAGUCUAAACUGUCUCCCGGGGAGGUUGUGCUUCGUGAAAGAGCGAAUUACAUUCGAUAUCAGUGGGAUAGAAUCUUUGAGCCCCGGCUGGGGUUUAGCCUUGAAUCUCGUGCCAACCGCGACAUCUCUGGGUCAUUUGCUGUUGAAGCCGGGCUUGGAAAAUCGGCAGCUCUCAAUCAUGCAACGAUUGAGGAGAGUCCCUACUUAGCGGGUUCCCGUCACGCUGAGGUUCGAAAGGAUGCAUCGCUGGAGGGAGGCAACGGGAGUUUCAGUUUCAAGGGUAGUUCCGGACGCACAUUGACAAUCUCGAGCGCAGCCAAAGCGAAAGCGGAAGCUCUUUUGAAGCUUGGUCCUGAAUUUGUGACCCCGCCGAAGUUUGAAGCACGCAAACCUUCAUUUGAGUUCAGAACUAAGGCCUCAAAAUCAGAUGCGCGGUCGUUGCUAGAAGUUGAAGAACGCAAACAGUAUACGAGUGCUGUCAACCAUGGUCGCAAGCAGGCCAUCAACGAUGUAGACAAAAGAGCACAGGAGAAGAGCGAGUCUGGAAGCGGGCGUGGGUCAAGGGCUUUCAAGGCGCCAAGAAUACUCAGGCCCUCACUAAGCUUGCCUGAUCGAAGAAAGUACAUUGGUUUCCAACCCGGCAUUGUAACUGCUGCACGGCGGAACUUUAUUUUACCUGAUGGUUUACAUUACCUUCACGAAAAGAAAUCACGAAUAAAACGAGGUCGAUUGCAGUUGAGUGAAUACUUUGGUGGACCUCCUCAUCCGGGUGCCAAGACUCUCUCCAAUUUGUCGAAGGAAGUUUUGUCAAUAACUGCAGACACAGCUGAGACUUAUAGAAUUCCUGACGGAGGAACGGGUGUUAGUGUGGACGAAGUUUGGAUUAUGCUCAAAGACUUGGGAGCUGAUCAACGGUACGCCAGCAAAGGGUGGGUGGCUAACCACUUCAAAUGGAUUGUGUGGAAAUUGGCGUCAUACGACCGUAGAUUUCCUCGUCCGAAGGCCUGUCUGCUGACAUUAUCGUCUGUGUUGAAUGAGCUCCGGUAUAGAUACGAUAGGGAGUUGAACGGGGAACGAUCAGCUCUGAAACGAGUGACAGAGAGAGAUUCUUCUGCAGGUCACACUAUGGUCUUGUGUGUGUCAGCAGUUCGGAGUGUUAAGGACAUUGAACAUUUUUAUGAAAUUUGGAUCGAGAAUAGAGAUAACGCUGAAGGAAAUAAGGCCAAGCUUCCUCCAGCGGGCGUCAUCGAAGUAACUGAUGGAUGGUAUAGACUGAAUGCGCAUGUUGAUGUACCUCUUGCAAGGCGCAUUCACAGUGGAAAACUCAAGGCUGGACAGAAAAUCGUGGUAUGUGGAGCAACUUUGGAAGGUCUUUCUGAUGGAUUACCACCUCUUCAGGCGUUUGAUAAUGCUUAUCUGUGUAUCAACUCAAAUGGCGUUCGUAGGGCCCGAUGGGACCAGCGUUUGGGUUUCUGUGGGACAGCAACACCGCUUGCGUUCAAGUGCAUUACACACGAUGGUGGAGUGAUUCCCCACACUUAUGUUGCCAUAACACGGAGAUACCCCUUACUUCAUAGAGAGAACAGACUCGCUGGUGGUGGUUAUGUUUUGAGAUCUGAGCGUGCAGAAGACCUGGCUGCACAUGAUUUUGAUAAAAGGCGUGCCAAAGUGGCGGAAGAGGCAAUUCAGAAGCUAGAGGAUAGGGACAGCUCCUCAGAUGAAGGAGCAAAGUUAUUUUUUGCACUGGAAACAACAACCGAUCCUGAAAGCCUCCUGCUCGGCAUGACACGCUCUCAAUUAGAUGCUUUUGCAGCCUUCAAAGCUCGAAGAGAGGAGUCCAGGCAAGUUUUGACAGGAGACCUGAUCAGGAAUGCACUUGAGCUUCAUGGUCUGGCAUCGCGAGAAGUAACACCAACCUUCAAAGUUCGUGUAGUAGGAUUAAAUCGCAAAGGAGACCCAGGAUCAGACAAGGACGGUCUGGUUACAAUCUGGCAUGCUACUGAAGAGCUGCAAGAGCAGCUACAAGAAGGGAAGGUGUUUUGCGUCUACGGGCUGCGUCCAUCCACGAAAGGAUCGUAUCAUUCAUUUAACUCAACAAGAUGGCAACCGGUGUCGUUUUCAACUCUGGAAAAACAUUUUGAGUUUCCGUACGUUCCGCGUUUUCCUCUGCCAAUAUCCAAUCUCAGCGAAUAUAUGCCGUGCAGAGAAUUCGAUGUUGUUGGGUUGGUACUUUUGGUAACGGAUCCCGUCACUAGGGACACAUUUCGUGGAAGAGCAAAGUCUCAAUGGGCAUUCAUGACGGAUGGCUCUUGUGCCAAAGGUGAUGCCGCGGACGCGUGGGAGGAAACUCAGGUCCUUGCGAUUGAAAUCAGCUGGCCCGAGCAAGCAUUUGUUUCGUUUGAAAAAACCCUCGUAGGUUCCGUGGUUGGUUACUGUAACCUGUGGUUGAAGCACAGAGAUCAAAGCAACCGCCUGUGGGUAGCUGAAGCAACUGAGAGAUCUCACUACUCAAGCAAAAUGACUUCACCUGCAUUUCGCCACCUCACUGGUGCAGCUCUCGAAGUACAAAAGUGGUCAAAACUCAAUUCUUGGAAUGUAGAUAUUCUCCAAUCUGAUGUGGAGCAACUGGCAGUACACUUUGAAAACCCGUCAAGCGCUUAGGACUGUAUAUCGUUCACUUCGAUGUUUCAAGCACACAUCUACCUUGACUUCACAGUAUUACCCAUAAAAGCUGUUAAGUCAUGGCAAGUCAAGUUGAUUACAUGGCUUACAGGUCCUGUCAGGCAAGGUAAUCAAGUUAGGAUCCUCCCUCACAUCUCCGAUGUUUACUUACUAGCAAAGCUUGUUGUCGCACCACCUUUUUAUGGUGGCAUUGUCCGCCGUAGGUGUUGAGUAUGAACAGAAUGUUAUCGUCCCUUGACUGGAGGGGAAGAUAUGAUCAGCCUGGACCAAAAGAAUGAUCCAGAGAGUACGCAAGAACAGAAAUAGCAAGUCGUUUUUCUUCUGGUGAUUCACACCAUUGAUAGUCUUCCUUGUAAAUUAUGAUCAAAUACAUCAAUUACAUCCUGCGGGAUUACGUAGAGCAGGGAUGUCGUAGAGUAAUUGUUGGCACUCUGAGCAGCAUGCAAUCUGGACCUUAGAAAGUCCAAAUUGAAUACCUUCAAGCCUUUCAAAAGGAUCCCCAAGCGCAGUUAGAAUAUCUGUCGAAAGGCUGACGGCAUUUAAUUGGAAUGUGGAGGCAUUUCUCCUUGAUAAUUCAGGUCCAAGUUGCAUCAUGUUCACCUCUGAGGUGAAAGUUUAAGGUUCACCUCAAUCCACCUUCAGGAUUUCUGAACUGUGCUUAUUAGAAUGCUGUACAUAAAGAACUCCAGCAUAAUCAAGCAGACUUGUGCUCACACCACAAGGAUCCCUAAGGAAACUUUGUAAUUGCAGAACCGCAUGUCUAUUGUAAUAAAGCCUCGGAUUUCUCAUGGUUC